AUGAAUCGAGAAAACGAAGAACAACGACCAGAGUCCCAAACCCUUUGCGGGGCAUUGCAAAAGGAGCCGAAUUGCAAGUGCCUGGUAUUGUCCGUGUUAAUAUACGGAUGCCUUGCCGCAGUGACGUGGUGUAGAUGCGCGAAUGUCACCAAGGUCGUAAUAAAUUUUUCGAGGUACCCAAUCAGAAGCACGAGACACGUGUCCCCGUGUGACGAUGGUUACAUAUACAUUCCUGUGGCGUUCAUGGGAAUGUUGUACCUCGUCUACCUGGUCGAGUGUUAUCAUUCCCCGAUCAGAAUCGAUCUGUUACACUCGGAGAGCCAGGACAGCGUGUUGUCGAAGCUGCUGCAGCUAAAGUCCGCCCAGCCGACGAUCUGGUGGAAGGCCGUUUCUUACCAUUACGUACGCCGGAAACGACAAAUUACCCGGUACAGAAACGGAGACAAUUACACUACGACGCAGGUCUACUACGAGAGGAUAAACACCCACGCUGCAACAUCAUUCUACUAUUACGACUACUGCGGCGUGAAGGACAUCAGCAAGGAGCUGAUCCUGGACCCGGAAGUGCCGAUCACGAAGAUUAAUCUCAGCAAAGGUUUCGCUUUCUCGAACAUGAGAUCGGCAACAGAGUUCGAGGAGGCCAGGUCUAGAUUCUUCGCCGAACAAGAGUUAAGGGACGACUACAUGGAGAUGCGAGAAGGGCUUGAUCUUGGAUACAAUCCCAAUCCCACGACACUGGUGGCUGUUCUUGGCAACCCGUGGUUCACGAAUCGCUACGUCUACUGGUCUCUAAGUGCUCUGUUGCUCAGCUGGCCUCUCAGAGUUAUCAUAGAGUACAAGACACAGUACGCGGACUACCAGAUAACCAAGCUCUUCGGGAUCAACUACGAUACUCCAAGCGGAAGCGAACCAAUACACGCGUCCAUGAGCCAACAAACGAUUAGCCAGCCAGGUUCCUACAUGCUGGCACCGAGCUACAGCGAAGCGCUGCUAAUGGACCCGGUACCAGAUUCGAGAAGAACCGAAUCUCAAGAGGCGAGUAUAACAGAGAUGGUGCCGAGCUACUCGGAAGCUUUGCUCUACCAACGAGCCGAGCAAGCCUGUAUCGUGAACGAAGAGAUCAACGAGGAUCCUGGUGGUCGUUACGACCUACCACCACGCGAUUGCACCUGUCCCUGUCACGCUGCUACCGAAACGAGGGUCCUGGAUGAAACUUCCAGACAGGAAGAAGAUGGACAACUGAACGACGCCAGCAGACAGCCCCUGAUGGAGACUACGAUCGAUAUUAAUCCUCCACCGUGUACAUACACCACCCAAACAGAGACCGGAAGGUGUGGAAGCUGCGGGAAAUUCUUGGUCGAGGCACAACUGGAGAACGAAUCCGUCAGAAACCCUGACACUAGCUCAUGGGAGGUGACUCGAAGGAUCAGAAGAGAUCUGACGAUCGGUGUGAUACCGAGAGACAUGUCCGAGCCAAACCUGAGGUGUCGAUCAGAGAUGAUAGAUACCGAUACAAGGUUCCUUCGGAUGAAUGGACAAAGUUUGAGGAAUAUUUUGGAGAACGAUCAGGAAGAGGAGUUCGGUAGCGAGGAGAGGAUAGGGGAAUCAUGUCAGGGCAGAUUGAACGUGCCAGGGGAUAGAAGGAAAUUCCGAUUCUCUCUGUGCUCGCUGGAUGAAGCGACCUCCAGGUCUGGAGUACCUGUAGAUGUUAGCAGAGGCGCCAUACCGAAGAGAACGGCUGGGCGAAGUAGGGUUAUAACGAAUCCUAUGUCGAAUGAAACAUGUACUCUGCCGGAUUCGAAGACGUACUUCUGUUUAAAGUCGAUUCUCAAGCAGAAUAAAAGGAGGUACACGUUGAUUACGGCGAAAGAGCUUGAAAACAUGUCCAACAGAGAAGAAGGAAAUCCAGAAGGCCGUAAUGAGGCACGAUCCUCAUAUCACGAAGGUUGUACACCUGUGGUCGCGUCAACGAGCAACGCAGGAGGAAGGUUCAAUAAUUUAUUUUCGAGAUCGAGGGAGAGUUUGGACAGUGUGUUGGGUAGAAAGAAGAAGCUGUUGGAGAGUUUGCCUGUAGAUAAAAGCGAGGAUGCUCCUGGAAGCUCUAAACGCGAGAACACUAGGACUCUAAUCUUUGCGAGUCCCAUUCAAGAAUUCUGCCCUGGUGAUCCCUUCGGAGGCAAAGACGUGAUCCGUACCAGGCAAGAGGUCGAUUCCACUCCUACAGAGGAAUCACCAAGUCACACAGUUCUGACCCAACUGGGAAGAUCCCUAGCCUGCGACCGGAAAAUGUCUCGACGUCGGUUCCAAGACUCCAAGAGGCAAAGAUACUCAGACACUUCUCAUCCAUCCACUUUCUCCUGCCCCCCUGAUCGUCAACAUCCUUAUCCUUACGCUUUCUCUGCGUCCACGGACGCGGUAGAUGCCACUAACAUCGACCAGGACCAAGCAUCUGCUAGGGUUUACCAGCAGGGAACUUCUUUCCCGCCUUACGAAGGUUCGAAACGCAAUGGGAAGAUGGUCGAUCGCUCUACGGAUCGAGUUCCUACAGACACCAGUUCGAAAUCACCCAACAGGGAGCUUACUCGAUCGUUGACCGAGAGAAGAACGAAACCCAUUCGAUACGAGGCGAACAUACGUCGAAGCUUCACAGGCCGCGUAGAGGAUUAUCGAACGGAGAACAACAAAUGGCCGAAUCUGAAUAUGGAGACUUCGUUAUAACGAAGGGACGCUGUCGUGUCAGGUUAAUCGAAUUGUAAAUAUCCGUCCUACCGAUUUUCACGGUUAAAAAAAUCUGUACAUACGCCGUAAAUACCAGUGACUAGUGUCGAGAUGGGCUAUUGCCCAGCUGGAACACCGCCUUUUGCUUGAAGCGUAACGCGAGUCUCGACGGUAGAUCGUCGCUUAGAUCGAUUUUGCGCAAUCGGAUCCUGGAUACGAACGCGAGAAACGCUGUCGAUGUUGCCAAUGGAAAAAUUAUUAAGUGCCCCCCACUAACCACACAUCCACCCAGGAAAGUAAAUUUCGUCGAGGGGAACGAAAUUCCCGUAAGUGAGAUUGUUCCUCGCGUCACGAUCGCGAAUCCGAUUCCUUACGAGCAAUUGAUUCGGCGUCAAUUAUGCGCACACUUCGUAGCAGAUAAGCUUCAUCGACUAAUGAUUUGGGUUUUAUCACUGGGAAAAACGUUGUGGUGAAUGACAGCUUUUUGUAGAAAGAUUCUACUCGAGU